CUACCUCGUAAGUAAAGCUACCCACUGUAGCUAGACACUAGCUGAAUAGGCCAUACCGGGGUGAUGGCGGAAUAACUCGGCCUACACUUGCUUGCUGUUUGGUAUGCGUGCUCGGUUUUGCUGGCUGAGGAGAAGAUUCGGCUUCUGUAGGAAAAUAAGAAAUUCUUUUCUAUUGUUUACAUCUAGGCAAAAAAAGUAGUCUUCCGGGAGGAUCAAGGGACGAAAAAGGUCUGCAAUUGAAGGCGUAUCUGAGUAUCUGACAACCCAAUCACACUUACCGGUCACGUUACACUACACACCUAGCCCAAUCUUCAUAAGCAAUGGCGGCGCCAUCCACGAACGAGCCGGUACUCAAGCUACCGCACCCGUACCUCACACCCUACCUUCUCGUCAAGACCACCCGCCCCUCGGAAUCAGCCCCUUGGUUCCAAGUCAAACCCCAAGAAGUAGUCAGCGAAGAUAAAAAGAAAAAGACUGCUACACCCUUACCAGAACCCCUCCACAGCGACAGCCUCUUCUUCACCGAGCCCGCGGACCUCAAGUCCAGCGAGCGCCCCGCCGAAUCGAACAACACGCCAUGGGGCCGCGCGCGCCGCUCCCCCAGCUCGACCCUAACAUGGGAUUCCUCCUCCUCCUCCUCUUCCGCGACGCCGACCCUAGCGCAGGCCUGGCUCGUCAUCUACGUGCUCUUCACCAUGCGGCCCUCAAUGGAAGGGCUUCGCCUAACCCUCUUAGGGCCGGGUAAACAGUCUCUCGGAGCACAGCUCAAGGCCGUGCUCCUCGCGAUCGAGCACCCGACAGCGGCGGGCCUCAGCGACGAGCUUCUCGUCCUACGAAGCACGUUCUGGCAAGGUGCGGGCUCGCCCUUCGGGCCUCGCAGCGUCUGGGUCCCGGAAUCGACGGACCCGUUACCAAAGCCUUUAUCAUCUUACCCCUUAACGCCGCUCGCGCACACGAUGACGGAGCCGGCGUCCUGGCACCCGCGGCGCGCGGCCAAGCCGCGCCCGGGCAGCGUCGUGUACAGCCGCUGGAUCCCGCACCUGCGCGAGACCUUCAGCAUGGUCGCGCUCGACUGGGAGGACCCGGCGCACCUGGACCUGUUCCACACCUGGCAGAACGACCCGCGCGUCUCGCAGGGCUGGAACGAGACCGGGUCGCUCGACCAGCACCGCGAGUACUUGCGCAAGGCGCACGUGGAUCCGCAUCAGAUCACGCUGUUGGCGGCGUUCGAUGAUACGUUUUUUGCGUACUUUGAGGUUUAUUGGGCUAAGGAAGAUCGUCUAGGCGCGUAUUACAGCGCGGGAGAUUUCGACCGUGGCCGGCAUUCGCUGGUUGGCGAUGUAAGGUUCCGUGGCCCGCAUCGCGUGACGGCUUGGUGGUCGAGCUUGAUGCAUUAUUUGUUCUUGGAUGACCCUCGCACAAUGCAAGUUGUGGGCGAGCCAAAGUACAUAAAUAGCUCCGUGCUCAUGUACGACUUCAUGCAUGGUUUCGGGCUUGACAAGUUCGUUGACCUGCCGCACAAGCGAUCUGCCUUCGUGACAUGCUCCCGCGAACGUUUCUUCCAACUCUCGCCCCUCGGCGAGAGCGAGAAAUUCGUGGGCGGCACGUUGGUCGGAUUAGUCCCUAAGUUAUAAGCGUUAUGGGCGCUGUGUUGUCACGUGUUAGGUAGUAAUAUCCAGUUACGCGUUGAUGGAGGGGUGAAGAGGCUGAGAAAACAAGAUCUCAUUAUUCAUAAUUGCCAGCUAGCGCUUAUCUCUGUCUAAGAUUGGUGCCUCAUUUCGGGGGAAAAUUCAUACGAUUCAUUUAAAUAUUUGUAUAUUCAUUUACCCACGAAAACAAUUGCGCUAUAUUUUGACCAAUAUAUUCACGAACUAG